UCCCGACUGACGGGUUUUCAUUGACAAAAAGUUGGGAUGUUCUCGAAACGUAUACGCUGCAUAUAAGGCACACUAGUAAUACAUUUCCACAGGGAAAGUCCUGUGAUAUAAUACGCAUUUAAACCAAGAAGUAGGUAGCCUCCAGUGAAAGGAAUUUGGCAAGGCUGAAUUUGGAAGCGAACCCUGGGAAGGAAGAACGUAGGUGGACGUGUUGUUGUUGGCGGUUGUGCGUGUCGUGGCGACAGCCAUUUGUCCCUGGCACUGCACAGCCAGACGGAGAGAGAGAGAGACGGCGACAGAGAGAGAGAGAGAGGGAGAGGCUGCAGCGGUAGCCUAGUCAGGCAUUCGGCUGUGUGGAUCUAUGCAAUGAAGAUCUGAGUAGGCUACUGGCCACUGCAGCCCUACUGAGGACGACAGCUAUGGCUGAGCUGGAGAUCGAUCAGUCUAACCUGCCCCGGGUGCAGGAGGUGCGCCAGUGUUUUGCUGUUUUGGAAGAUGGGGCUCUGGCUCAUAACCUGCAAGAACAGGAGAUUGAGCAGUAUUACACGGCCAAUGUGCAGAAGAGUCAGCUGGUGCAGAAUGAUAUCCGCAUAGCCCGCCGCCUGCAGGAUGAGGAGAGAGACCAGCUGCAGCACGUCUCACGCCAGCGGGAGGAGCAGGAUUCUGAGUAUGCACGCCUCAUUCAGGAGGAGCUAUGCAGGGGUGCAGAGGAGGCACACAGGAGAGAACAGGAGGACCAGCAAAUCGCCAAGCGAAUACAGGAAGAGGAAGAGUGCUACGCCAGACGGAGACCUGGAAGUCACGUGAGCGCCAACCGAGAUGCUUCCGGCCCCCCAGACGGGCGGUGGCCCGCUCAUGCCUGGCCUGGCGGAGUGCCUGAGGGGUCUCCCCGGGCUCGCCGCAGGGACCGACGCGUCCACCAUCGCCGCUACUCAGCCCACUCCAGAUACCCUCACUCCUCCUCUCCUCCAUCUUCCUCUCCGUACGACUCCCCUUCCGAAUCAUCGUCGCCACCACCGUCCCCUCUUCCGCGGUCUCCUCCACCCGACUACUCCACGUACGACAGGCGAACCGAGCAGCGAUGCAAUGACUGCGACGCCGACUUCGAUCACAGGCCCUCGAGACGCAGGAGCAGGCCGGCCCCAAUAGUGGGCACGGCGGAAUCGGAAGUUGGAUCGGCCGUAGGAUCGGCCGUAGACUCGGUCGUAACAGCGGCCACGUCGUCGUCAUCAGCAAGCGCUGCGUUCUCGGGCAGCUGGGCGGACGCCCUGAGGUUGAUCAAGCAGGACAUGAGCGAGCAGGGUUAUGUGGCAGUCACGGACCAGGCCCAGCCCCAGGCGUCGCCCCUCCAAAGGCUGGAGAGGGUAGUGCAGAGCGAACAGCGGAGAGAAGAGAAACGCCAUCACCAUGACCCCCAUCACCGCCACCAGGAUCAUCGGAGUCAGGAGGGAGGCAGCUGUAGAGGGGAGGGAAGCACAGUGGUGGGAUGGGAGGGAGUGGAGUAUGGAGACAGACAAGGGGGGAGGUGGGAACAGGCACAGGACUUGGAAGGGGGUGACAGAGAGCACAGGUGGGAGCCCAGGGAAGGGAGGGCGAGUAGUAGUCGGGGGUGGGAGGAGAGAGUCUGGAGGUCCGAGCCCAACAGGCCUCUCCGACACUCGGCCAGCAUGCGUUGCGAUGGCCAACGGUCACGGCAAUUGGAGCGCGUCGGAAGCUGGGCCUCCAGGGACAGCGGCGACCGUCGCGUGCACUUUCAGGACGACAGGGGGCGCUGUAAUAGUUACCAUGGGGAUAACGGAUGGGCACGAGAGGGGCGCGAGGGGCUCAGGGAUGGAAGUGGGAAUGGGUUUAGUUACCACGGAGAUCCUCAUUGGUCUAGCAGCCGUAGCAGGAACACUCAGCUGACAAGCUCAGCUGAUGGUGACCAUUGGCAACAGCGUGCCCCGCCCCUGCAGCGGAACGCCUUCGCCAGGCGCAGUUACCAUGGCGGCGACGCUGCCAAGCUGAGCCGGCAGCCGUCCUUCCAGAACGGCCGGCGACACGACCCCCGACGGCAGUCCUUCCAAAAUGGCCGCAGCCGGGAUUACCAUGGAAACGGAGGCUUUGUUGCCGUGGUGGAGGAGGAGGAGGAGGAGGACAGCAGGUUCAGGCAUCACCGAGCCUCCUUCUCACGCUGCAUCCCAGAGGAGAACGGAAGAGGAGAACGGCUGGAGGAGGAGGCGGCCAGCCUGAGGGAGCGAGCGGCCUGGGAGAGAAGGAGCUACAGAGGGUACAGGGAGCAUGAAGCCCCCUCCUACCACCACCAUGGGCACCGGAGAUCAGAGAGACAUAGGAGAGAGGACCAUGGAAGCCAGCACUGGCAUGGGGAGCACAGAGAAUCUGGACGCCAUAGCCACAGUAGACAUUGGCGUCAGGGGAGGGGUGGCGAGGAAGGUUUCAGCUCUGACGAGGAAGAGGAGAUGGAGGAUGAGGAUGAGGAGGAGGGCAUGUGGGACAGGAGAGUGGACAGGCACACCGCACCUCCACACAGACCCUCACACACAGGUGUGCCUGCGAGAGGCAGGGCGCCCCCUCUGGCCAUGGGGGAGCUACAGCAGGUGCUACUGGAUGAAGAGCUGGCUCGCAGACUACAGGAGGAGGAGGGCGUGACCACGAGGAGUCCGAGGGCCUCGUCGCCCCCCAGAAGGACUUGUGUUGAUGGGGACUUCAGGGUUGCCCAGGUGGCCCAGGAUGAGGAGAUCGCCCGCUUCAUCCAGAAGCAGGAGAUGAGGUCGGGUCACGGCUGGGAGGAAGCGGACGCUUCAGGGGGCUCCAGUCCUAACGCUGGAGAGGCCUGCAUGGGGGCGCCCCGAGACUGGAGGGCUGCCAGACACAGACAGCAGAGGGAGCGUCUGGAUUCCCAAGGCCUUCCCUCCCCCCCAGAGGACUAUCCUCCAGACGACCCACCAUCCAGCCCCGUCGCCAUGGCACUUCAGCACCCACCUCUCCGCAAUAUUGCUGAGGACCUUGACCCAACAUUCCAGGCGAAGAGGAGUGCCAAUGUCCGAACAGGAAACACAGAUACAGUUUCGCAAGAUCAUCCUCCACAUCAGACUCAGCAGGGCGGCUACGGUGGCCGAGAGGAGACAAACUUUGUGCCGCCUACCAAGCGGCCCAAUGAGAAACUGGGUGCAACCAAAGCCAAAGAGAAGAAGGAGAACUCGAAGCAAAAGGAAAAUUGCAAACAGCAGUGAGGUCUGGUGAGCACAGGUUGUAGUUAUUUUGCAGUUACUCACUCCACAUCAGUCUUGAUUUACACCUCCAUAUUUGAGUCGGCAUUCCUGUUAAGAUAUUCGCUUUGCGCCUUUUCAGUACAGUCAUGGAACAUUAAGUUUCCUUGCUGGCAUAAACAUUGUAUUCUAUUUACUUUUUGUAUUUUUUGUUUUUCUUUUUAUAACCCGUCAGUGGGUUAUUGCAGAGGUGUAUGAGAGCCAAGGGAAGACAGAAUUUGGGAGACCGAAAUCUUAAUUCCAAGUAGAGAAUGUUGAGACCGUGAUCUACAUUGCUACUUUUCUCAGGAGGUCUUCCAAGGGCAUUGAGUUCAUUUGAACUGAAAUUUCCUGUUACACAAUAAGUCAAUAGGGAUUUUGUACAUUUUUCAAGUUUUUUGUUUUUUGUUUUCUUUUCAGUUAUUGAAAAAAAAAGCCUGGUCGAUGUUUACCCUGCUUUUUGUCGGGUACAACCGUGUCGUUAUAGGAUGAACUCACAUUUAUAAACCAUGUGCUGCUUAACCACCUGGUUUAGUUCUAGAAUCAAGAAGCAGUCCAUACAUUUUGUAGUUAUUCAACUAUGAAGAGAUGAACAAGUUGUGCAUCAAUGCGUCCAUUUGUAAAAGUCAGGUAACUUUUCUUUUUUUAAUGAUCCUUAUGUUUGUGUCAGUUAUGUAUAUGUAUAUAUUACAUUAAAAUGGUGCUUGGAGAGAAGGAUGUAGGACUGAACUCUUUAUGGUCUACACAUGUUUAUGUAUUUACUAUAUUUUGACUUUGAAAGGGAAAGGUGGCUUUUUGUCAAAAUACACAACUGGAAUUUGUUGUAUGGUUGGCAUCUUAUGAACGCUUUAACCCAUAAUUUAUCAUUCAUGUGUAUGUCAUAUCUGGAAUGUGGAAAUAAAUGUACAUCCACACU